CAACAGCAGGCACCACCUAAAAACAUCUUUAGCUCUAAUUUCUCUCUUUGUCUCUCGUUUUCUCUUUCUCAGCCGAAGAUGGUGGCACUAGAAACGAGGCUCGGAGCAGCCAUGAACGCGGAAGUUGUCGGGAGCGGCGGCGAGACCAUGGUGCUGGCGCACGGGUUCGGGGCGGACCAAUCGGUGUGGGACAAAGUCCUGCCUUUCCUGACGCAGCAUUACCGGGUUGUGGUGUUCGACUGGUCUUUUUCCGGCGCCGUAAAAGACCCGAACCUCUUCGAUCCUUCGAAAUACGCUUCCUACGAUGCCUUUGCCGAUGACUUGAUCGCCCUGAUGGACGAGCUCCACUUGGAACACUCGGUGUUUGUCGGUCACUCCAUGUCGGGUAUGAUCGGUUGCAUUGCUUCCAUCAAAAGGCCUCAGCUUUUCACCAGGCUCGUUCUUGUUGCUGCUUCUCCUAGGUACAUUAACAUGGAUGAUUAUGAAGGUGGAUUUGAUGAAGCGGCGAUCGACGGCAUCUUAUCGAGCAUCGAAUCCGAUUACGAAAACUGGACAUCGACUUUUCCGACACUCACCGUCGACAAUUCGGACCCGGCAUCGGUCGAAAAAUUGAGAAAAUGUUUGAAGAGGAUGAGGCACGAGAUCGCCGUCCCUUUGGCCAAGAUGGUGUUUCGUAGCGACGAAAGGGAUAUCCUCGACGAGGUCACUACGCCAUGCACCAUCGUUCAGACCACGAGCGACGUUGUCGUGCCCGGUUCGGUCGCUGACUACAUGCAGAGGAAGAUCAAAGGGAAAUCGACGGUGGAGAUUGUCAAUACCAAUGGCCAUUUCCCUCAGUUGACUGCACAUCUCGAGUUCCUUGCUGUGCUUGCUGGAGUUUUAGGCUUUGAAAUUUGAUUAA